GAUACGAAUAGUAAGCAGCGAGGCUGUGGCUGAGUUUGGAGUCAGGUGCAGACGGCAGGCAGGAGGCAGGGAUGGACAUCAAGGAGCAGGGGGUACAGAUGGAGCCAUUGUUACCAACGAGAACUGAUGAAGAAGCAGUGGUGGACAGAGGAGGGUCGUGUGGUAUUCAGAAAACACAUAUUGAAAAAGAAGACCUGGAAGGCCAUCGGACUUUGUACAUCGGAGUUCAUGUUCCGCGGGAGAGGCGAAGCCACCGAAGGCACCGACAUCGCGGGCACAAGCAUCGCAAGCGUGACCGAGAGAGAGACUCCAGCAACGAGGAUGGGAGAGAGUCUCCAACUUACGAUACUCCAUCCCAGCGUGUGCAGUUUAUCCUUGGGAUUGAAGAUGAUGAUGAAGAACAUAUCCCCCAUGACCUCUUCACUGAACUCGAUGAGAUCUGCAUGCAUGAUGGUGAAGAUACAGAGUGGAAGGAGACAGCGAGAUGGCUGAAGUUUGAGGAGGAUGUGGAGGACGGUGGAGAUCGGUGGAGCAAACCGUAUGUCGCCACUCUGUCGUUGCAUAGUCUGUUUGAGCUGAGGAGCUGCAUUAUCAAUGGAACAGUCCUGUUGGACAUGAAAGCCAGUACCAUCGAAGAAAUCGGAGAUUUAAUCCUGGACCAGCAAGCAGCCUCGGGACUAAGCGAUGAGAUCCGCAAAAAGGUACACCAAGCUCUCCUGAAGCAACAUCAUCAUCAAAGUCAGAAGAAGUUCAGCAACCGCAUUCCAAUUGUGAGAUCCUUUGCUGAUAUUGGGAAGAAACAUUCUGAUCCUCAUUCCCUGGAUAAAAAUGCUGGUGGGAAGACCUCGAGACAUGCUGAAACCUCUCCACAAAGACCUGCAGGUCCAAUGAUCUCUCCACAAUCCGCUCCUGCUCAUUUGGAAGGCAAAACGGACGUCAGUCGAGAGAACAGCACGGUUGAUUUUAGUAAGGUGGACAUGCACUUUAUGAAGAAGAUACCUCCAGGAGCAGAGGCUUCCAACAUUCUCGUUGGAGAACUUGAAUUUUUGGAUCGACCGAUAGUUGCAUUUGUCCGUUUGUCUCCAGCUGUCGUCUUAUCGGGAGUCGCUGAAGUUCCCAUCCCCACACGAUUUCUGUUUAUUCUCUUGGGUCCCCUUGGUAAGGGUCCUCAGUAUCAUGAAAUUGGCAGGUCCAUCGCAACACUGAUGAGUGAUGAGGUAUUUCAUGACGUUGCCUACAAAGCAAAAGACCGGAAUGAUCUGGUGGCUGGUGUUGAUGAGUUUCUCGACCAAGUGACUGUACUCCCACCGGGAGAGUGGGAUCCCACAAUCCGCAUAGAACCACCAAAGAGCGUACCUUCCCAGGAAAAACGAAAGAUUCCAGGAAUACCGAAUGGAACCACAGCUCACGGCGACUCGGAGCUCCACGAUGAGCCUACUGGACCCGCGUUACAGAGAACAGGGAGGCUCUUUGGUGGAUUAUAUGAAGACAUUAAAAGGAAAAUCCCAUUUUUCUGGAGUGACAUUCGAGAUGCCUUCAACCUGCAGUGUGUGGCCUCGUUCCUGUUCCUGUACUGUGCGUGUAUGUCACCGGUCAUUACAUUUGGUGGUCUCCUGGGAGAAGCUACAGAAGGCUGCAUCAGUGCCAUGGAGUCUCUCUUUGGAGCAUCAAUGACCGGCAUUGCAUAUUCACUGUUCUCUGGGCAACCACUCACAAUCCUAGGGAGCACGGGGCCUGUCUUGGUGUUUGAAAAAAUACUCUAUAAAUUCUGCAAGGAAUACGGUUUAUCCUACCUGUCUCUGAGAACGUGUAUUGGGCUGUGGACCGCCAUUCUCUGCCUGAUUCUCGUGGCGACGGAUGCCAGUGCGUUGGUUUGUUACAUCACCCGCUUUACUGAGGAAGCCUUUGCCUCCCUUAUUUGCAUCAUAUUUAUCUACGAGGCCCUGGAGAAGUUGUAUCAUCUCGGUGAGACGUACCCCAUCAACAUGAACAUUCGCCUGGAGCAGCUGACACACUACUCUUGCAUUUGUUUGGAGCCACAAAGCCCCAGCAAUAAAACAGUGGAGUACUGGAGUAAACAUAAUAUCACAGCGACAGAGAUUCCAUGGGGAAAUUUGACUCUGUCUGAGUGUGUCCAAUUUCAAGGAACAUUUUCUGGAACAGCCUGUGGUCUCCAUGGUCCUUAUGUUCCUGAUGUCUUGUUCUGGUCAAUAAUACUGUUCUUUUCCACCUGCACCUUAUCACACUUCCUGAAACAAUUUAAGACCAGCCACUAUUUCCCUACCAAGGUGAGGUCGACAAUCAGUGACUUCGCUGUCUUUCUCAGUAUUUUAACAAUGGUUUUAAUUGACUACGGUCUGGGGAUCCCCUCGCCAAAGCUCCAGGUCCCCAGUGUUUUCAAGCCGACACGAGAUGACCGUGGCUGGCUGAUUAAUCCUUUGGGUCCCAAUCCGUGGUGGACAGUUUUGGCUGCUUUUAUACCAGCUUUGCUUUGUACCAUACUAGUCUUCAUGGAUCAGCAGAUUACUGCAGUGAUUAUCAAUAGAAAGGAACAUAAAUUGAAGAAAGGAAGUGGUUACCAUUUGGAUUUGUUUAUAAUGUGCAUCAUGCUUGGGAUCUGUUCCAUCAUGGGCCUGCCCUGGUUUGUUGCGGCCACUGUGCUCUCCAUAUCCCACGUCAACAGUCUGAAGUUGGAAUCAGAAUGCUCGGCACCUGGCGAACAGCCAAAGUUCUUGGGUAUCCGUGAGCAACGGGUAACUGGCCUCAUGAUCUUCAUCCUCAUGGGGUCGUCUGUCUUCAUGACCUCCGUUUUACAGUUUAUACCAAUGCCGGUUUUGUAUGGAGUAUUCCUUUACAUGGGGGCGUCAAGUCUGAGAGGAAUUCAGCUCUUUGAUCGGUUGAAGCUAUUCGGGAUGCCGGCAAAGCACCAACCUGACUUUAUCUAUCUUCGGCACGUGCCCCUAAGGAAAGUCCAUCUCUUUACCAUCAUCCAGGCGUCUUGUCUGAUCAUCCUCUGGGUAAUAAAAGCUUCUCGGGCAGCCAUAGUAUUCCCUAUGAUGGUACUGGCGUUGGUGUUCAUCCGAAAGCUGUUGGACUUCAUCUUCACCAAACGAGAGCUGAGCUGGCUGGACGAUUUGAUGCCUGAGAGUAAGAAGAAAAAGUUAGAAGAUGAGGAGAAAGAAGAAGAACAAAUAAUGCUAACAUUAGCAGAGGAAGCAACAAUUCAGUUACCAUUGGAAGGAACCUACAGGAAUGAUCCUUCUGAUAUUAACAUAUCUGAUGAAAUGGCCAAAACAUCUGUCUGGAAAGCACUCCCCAUGAAUAAUGAAAACGCAAAAAAUAAGAACACAUUCUUUCCAUCAAAAAGCUCCCCUUCCUUACCUCUCUAGAAGCUAAUCCCCCCAAAUGCUCUCCUGCUUGCAAUGAAUGGAAAAUGGACAAGAAAGCUUACUCAGGGAAGGAUAUUGACAGGGAAACAUGUCUUUAAUCGAUUUUGCAUUCAUUUCAUGUUUACCUGCUCUUUGAAAAUCGGUGCCACCUUUAAUUAGUCCCUUCCAUUCAAUUCCCAAUCUACUAGUCUUGUAACGUAACAGUUUGUUAUUGAGACAAGCGUGUGAUGGUGUGUGUUGGUUACACUGUUUUAUCCAACAAAGCAUUGGUUACACUGUUUUAUCUAACAAAGCAUCAAAGAUUUUAACUAUAAAAGUAUUAGUAUUUACCAUGUGCAGUUAAUAUAUACAAAGACUGCCAUAUGUUGUAACGUAUUAGUCUGAUAUCACAUUUAGAAUUUUUAUCUGUAAUUUGAAAGUCAAUGUUUGUGAUUUGGCAUUUUAAAGAUAAACGUAUCUGCUCUAUGACACAUUGCUUUCUAUUGGUUUACAAGUUUAUAUUUCGGUCUUAAUAUUUAAAAGUAAUGAGUCUGUGAUUUAGGUAUUGUCCCAUUCAAAACCUACCAUCUUUCUAGAUGCUUUUCAUAUUCUGUAAGAUUGUAUUAUGCAAUAUUCCAAAGCUUUAUCCAGAAAAUAUACAACAUAGAUAUAUGUUUUCACAGAACUAUAGUAGUUAUUUAAAAUUAAUAUAUUUUCUAGUUUUAAUCCAUCCCUAAAUCCAUUCUGGAUUGAUGUUUAAUGUCACAACACAGGUACACUACAUCUAGAUGGAACAAUAAUCAUGUGGUUCAAUCUGUUCUAUAGAACUGUUUGAGUGUGGAACUGUUUAGAAUUUACUGGCCAAGAAAUUAUUUCUACUUUUUCUUUCUGCGCAUUAUAACAGUGUGUUCUGCUAAUGUUGAUUGUGGAAGUGCCCUUGGAUCGUCUUUGCUAGCUCGUCUUUUGAAAAAUUCCCUGGUGGAAUGGCAUAGUGGGGGAAGGGGGGA